GGGCGUGGCCCAGUCCAAGUCUAAAUUUGGCGCGCACUCCUGUCACUACUUGCAGCUGCUUGCGGACGCUGUGCAGAGUUGGUCCCAGGGUCGGGAGUGCAAAGAACCCACGGGCCGGGCCCAGAAGUUGAGGGCUCAGGGAAGGUGUGCAGGCAGGUAGAGCUGUCUCUCCUGGAUGCCGAGAUUUGAGACCCAGAAGUCUCCCAUGGCUCCUUACCACAUCCGCCAGUACCAGGACAGUGACCGCAAAAGUGUCCUGGACUUGUUCACAAGGGGCAUGGAGGAGCACAUCCCCACCACCUUCCACCACCUGCUGACGCUGCCCCGGACCCUCCUGCUCUUACUUGGGGUGCUGCUUGCCCUGGUUCUGGUGUCUGGCUCCUGGCUGCUAGCGAUUAUAUGCAUCUUCUUUCUGCUCUUUCUCAUGCGGCUCCUUGCCAGACAGCCCUGGAAGGAGUAUGUGGCCAAGUGUUUGCACACAGACAUGGCUGACAUCACCAAGUCCUACCUGAAUGCACAUGGCUCCUUCUGGGUGGCUGAGUCUGGGGACCAGGUGGUGGGCAUAGUGGGGUGCCUGCCAGUCAAGGAUCCCCCACUAGGGAGGAAGCAGCUGGAGCUCUUCCACCUGUCUGUGUCCUCACAGCAUCGAGGACAGGGCAUAGCGAAAGCACUGGUCAGAACUGUCCUCCAGUUUGCACGGGGCCAGGGCUACCGUGAUCUUGUCCUUGAGACCAGUGUCUUACAGCAUGGCGCUGAGACCCUCUACCUGAGCAUGGGCUUCCGGAGAACAGGCCAGUACUUCAUGAGUGUGUUCUGGAGGUUAGUGGAUAUUCCUACAAUUCAAUUAAAGUAUUCCCUCCCUUCUGCCUAGGAAGUGGGGCCGGGACCUACGCUCCUGUGCAGCUGCUGGCCCUGCUGCACUCUACAGGAACUAGUGAACCCUGUCAUGUCAGUGUAGUGACCAAUAAAAGCUCCUUGCUGGUACACACCAGAUUCUAAUGCAUGUGAUGAGUGGCAGGGGUGCUGGGGGGACAUUGGGAGCUUUGCUGUUCUCUGGGUUUCUGGGGUACAUGUGCUUCAUAUACCUAACCCCAUAUUACUGUUGCAUUAGAAACAAUGUGUGGAAAAUGAACUUGGAAGUCUCUGUGUUUCAGGAAGUCAUAAACUUUGGCCUGUGGCCAUUGACUUUCUCAGACUUAGUGGCUGAUACCUUGAGUCCACUUUUUUUUUUUAAUUCUUGGACAAUCUUAUAUAUGUGUACACUGAGUUUUGUGUUGCACUGUUUUCACUUACACAGGUUUUCAUUUCAGUUAGGCCCAGUCCAGGAACAAGACAGGAGCCCCCAGGUGCUGGAUGCAAGUGUCAAAGGGUUAUUGGGAAAAAAAGACUAGCAUCCCAGGGCCUCGAGCUGUUUUAGCUCAUGUUCAUGUCCUCAAAGUGGAGACUUUCUUUAAGCAGACAGGUAGAUGUAUACAAAAUAAUAAAGUUCUUACCCUAGGGCUUCUGGGAAAGUAAAUUUCUAAGUGCCACCUGCAUUUGGGGCCCAAAAGUCCUGUUAUCCACAUGCAGAGAGAGCUGUUUUCUCAGAAAUAGAAUAUGGGUAUGCACGCACCCAGGACACGCCACACACACCUGUGCAUGCAGUCACUGAAGUCUCCUUAUUUGGAAAUUAGAAACAAUUAUAUCACAGCAGUGCUGUCUUCAGUAAACCUGCUGUGUAGCUGUUUCCUAUGCAAUGAAACAUUACUUCCUUUCUAAAAAGAGAAAGAAGGUUCCUGAGACUCGGGCAAUAAGGGAAAUGCAAGGCCCAGGAGGGAAGACAGCUAGAUCAGGAUGCACCUGGAAGACAAAUGAUCGCUGAGGCCUACCCCAAGGUAAGCAGCAAUUGCUGGGGAGAAGAUUCCAAGUGGCACAGGGCCGCAGGGUGAAUCUUUUGUGAUGGGCUGGGCUUUUCAGUGGUGAAGCUGCCUUUGUAUCAUCCAUGCUUCUAUAAGUAACUCCUUGCUCAGAUUCCUACACGUAUCUCAAUAAACUCAGUAAUUCACCUAAA